UACCUGCUGCCUAUUAAUUACGUAAAACCAGCCGUGGCUAAAGCCAAACUAUGGCAGGGAUUUUAUUUUCUUGACCUGGAUUUGACACCUCUAAUGUUUCAUCAAGUAUUAAAGUGAUCCGUCUGCCAAGUAAAUACAAGUACUCCUGUACCCCUGCACUGCUUUAAUAUAUUUUACAACUGUGCAAAAAAAAUUAGCAAAGGUUUCUACAUCCAAAACUGCUGUAGAAAAUGUCGCUCCUGUUUUUUGAUGCAGACCUGUGUAAUUAUUUGGUUGUGUCAGAGAGGGGAGAAGACACUUGUGUCAGGUAUGCACUUGACUAUCUUUAAUGUGGUUAUAUUUUGUUAAUGUCAGAAAUGUCUCGAUAAAAAUGUCUUAAAAGGCUUAAUUUUGACUCCAGCCUGCAGAAACCUUCUCGCAGGUGUUUUUUUUACUUCUUGUAUUAACUGUCAAACCGGAAAUCUCUUCAGAAUCUCAAGUUCUCCUCUUGAAUAUCAUUUCCAAUAUUUAUUCAGUUGCCUUCUCAGCAGACACGCCACUGUCAAGGUUACCCUAAUGGAACUCAUCACAGUUUAACAUUUUUGAAAAGAUAGCGCACUAAAUUUAGGUAAUGAACCUCACAUCUUGGCAUCACUUUAACUCAUGACUGGAUAUUCCUGUUUCAGCUCCAUUUUGUAUCACUUGAAGACUUUGAAGCCCCUCGCCUCUCAAUUUAAUGCUUCCUGUUCAACUCCAGAGCGUUUAUAUCUUCUCCAUGCAGUCGCCCUGUCUGAUAGCCCUCAAUGUCUAAAACAUCGGGCACCCCAACCCCACACGUCAAAGGACUUUCAACCGGACCCGUGCGGCAGCAUGGGGGCGUCCCUCUCAUUAGUGCGGGAGACCCAACUCCGGUCGUUGCCGCUGACACCAGUAGCGGCGUCCUGGCAGUGUGUUCAUGUCUGUCACCAGCCCUCAGCUAUAAAGUCACCGUUAUCUCCACUGUUAAGUGCAGGCCACAGACGUAGGGUGAUCUCAAAGUGAGGUAGUAGAGACACCCUGUCCCGCCUGGCCCCACAGAACACAGGAAGCAAGGCAAUGCCGGGUCCCUCUGUCUGGCACCGGAGCCCUCCUCGCUCCACGACGCAGGCGUUAAUGCGGGGAAAGCCUCGGCCAAAUUACUCUCUAAUUUCCCUUUAGGACUCAGACGAUCCCAUCGGUCCUCGAGAGUCAGACUGAGGAUUUGUUCAGAGUGGUUUGUUUUGUCUUGUCUCGCAACGUCCUGCUCCGAUUCCAUCACUCAAGUUCUAGUUUUCGGCUCACGGCCACUAAAUUGGGGAUUUGCGAAAAGAGGCAUUUAAAGAGCCCCAAGAGGAUAGAAGCUGGUGCCUGAAAAAACAUGGCAUUUCAAGGAAAGACUAGAGCAGUUGAUAGAAAGCACAUUUCAUUUCAGGGGACAUGCUUCUUCCAUAUUAUGAGUUGCCUUUGUCAUAUCGUCACGGAGUAUGAUGCCCAUUAUCUCUUCAUCAACUAAUGGAUCUUAUUUCGAGUGAUGAGGUUCCGUGUGUUCGUUUUUCGAAACCUAUAAUUUGUUUUGGGAUUAAUUGGGUGACUAAUGAUCCCUCUCUAGACAAACUGAAACAAAUGAUUGGCUCACACAAAUCCUCGAAAUGAUGAGGAUCCUUAUGCAGACUCUUAAUAAUGCUGUAAUAUUUCAAAGCCUUUGGAAACUUUUUAGUUCAGUCAAACCCCCUAAAGUCUUAUUUUACAAUUUAAUGAACAAUGUAGUGACGGUGGAAUAUAACAUCAAGCGAGUCAGGUUAAAUUGGUAGCACAAAAUUGUUUGGAAAUUUGUAAUGACUAUCCUCGGCCUUACGAAUAAUUAGGGCAGGUACUUCGGUUUUAUCAAAAACAGAAACAGACUGAGCGGGCUCAAUAUUUGACAGGCAAGGGAUUACUCUUGCUGGUUUAUUCAAAUGACUUGUGAUAGUUUAUUCAAAGUUGGAAAAAAAAGUUUCUCUGACCUUUCUAUUUCUGUUCUUCCUGUCAAUGGGGAGUUUUUCCAUCCUCUGUCUCCAAUUUAUUUGCUGAUUUAGGGUUCAGCUACAUAUACAUAUAAUAAAUGUAAUUGAUUUAUAUGGCUACAUAUAAUGUACAAAAACUGCAACAGUUCAUGUGCAUGCUACCAAAAUAGACAUUACAGUUUAUUUGAAAUCUUUUUCAAUAAUCAUUAUUUUGCUUGCGAAAUUCAGUUUGAUUCGUGUGCAAGAGCUGAGAAUAUUUCGGGGAGUUCUCCACUAAAUAUAACCCUCUUGUGCGGCUUGCCAUCGUCUCAACAAGUAACACUAUCCAAUUUUCCCUCCCCCUUUGGAUGACAGAUUUCGGAUUUGAGCCUAUAAAAAAAAAGAUACAAACAGGUGGCUAGGAACACAAUUUAUCUGAACGGUAAUCAGAAUAUCCACAAUAAUAAAUUUCAAAUUCAAUCUUUGAUAUUUUCAUGCAUUGAUUUAAUGAAGACUUGUCUGUUAAAAGUGAAAUGUUUUUAUUUCCUCAGGUGGCAAUUUCAUGUAAAAAAAAAAAAAAACAUCAUUGGCAGCCUGCUCAAUAAAUAUUCAUCUAUUUAAGGAAUACGGUACAAUGCUAAGCACAUAAAAUAGCCUUUAUUAUUUCUCCUUGUCUUCAGAUAAUUACAGUGCAUCCUCAAGCUCACUGUCUUUAAUUCUAGAAUUAUCCGCCUCUUUAUUGUUAGGAACCGGAUUUAAAAAUAAUUACCAUGAUUCUCCUUUUGUGAAUGUCCUUGUGAUGUUGGGUGCCCUUUCUCAUUGUAGCCCAGCCUCCACUUUGAGUGUGACGCCCCCACACUGAAGCCCCUGGCAGCUAUAAAAAGGCUCAGGACAGAUAAUGAUCACACACACACACACACGUGCCCCAAGUCCACUGAGAGUCCUCAUCCUCCACUGCAGACACGACAGCUUCUCAUCACAUCAGUUUCCAUAGGAACCAUUCAUGUUCAAAGUCUACUUUUAUACGGAGGUAAAAGAAACCCGUGCACUCUCCCUAAGCUUGAUUCUUUUCAAGAGUGGGUUAGUUUAGGCCAUCGGUGCUCUUCUCUUUUUGACACAAGCCAAUGAUGAACUCAGACAUCAUUUUUGGGAUGCGAGUGAGGCACUGGUGAGUUUGGCGGUUUUAGUUUCUUUCAACUUGGCCGCCAUGGUGCCUCAUAGAUCCACCAAAGGCGCAUCCAAAGCACGGCGGGACCACAUCAAUCAUGAGAUCAGGAAUAUGCGAGCUCUGCUUCCCAUUCCCCUGGCGGACCAGGAGCGCCUCUCCUACCUGCACUCGAUGGCUGCCGUGUGCACCUACAUCAGGAAGUCGGUUCUCUUCCAGGGACUUCCCAAUGGAGAUGCUCUCCCCUGCUCUUUUGCUUAUGGGGCCUUUCUCCAAGCUUUGCAUGGUUUCAUCCUUGUCACUACUGUCCAGGGCAGGCUGGUCUACGUGUCUGAAAAUGUAUCCCAAUAUCUCGGCCUUUCCAUGGUAGACGUGCUUCAAGGAGACACCAUAUAUGACAUGGUGGAACGUGAGGACAUUGACAUUAUUGAGCCCAUCUUGAAGGGACACAAUGAAAAUACCCCAUCAGAGAGGAGUUUUGUAUGCAGCAUGCAAACUUCCAAGACGUUCAAGCAGCAGCAUAGUGUCUGUUCAGUGCUGGUUCAAGGCAGCUUCCAGUCCUUUCCGGAGGCUUGGUUCUCCCCCAACGGUACUGUCGGCGAGACCCUCUUUGUGGCUCUGUGCACCCCCACAGUGGACCGCCUCCGGGGUGUGGAGUCACAUUUGUGCCCCAGUUUCAAAAGUGUACACACCCUUGACAUGAGCUUCACUCAGCUCUCAGACAGUGUUUUAUAUUUGAUGGGGUACUCGGCAGAAGAAAUGGUCGGGCGUUCGUGGUACAACCUUGUCCAUCCUGAAGAGCUAUCUUUAAGUGUGAAUCAUCACAGACGUUUACUGCAAGCAGAGGAGAGCCUGCAGGUCCAGAUGGUGAUGAGACUUCAGUGCAAAGAUCUGUCAUGGGCCUGGAGCUACAUUUGUGCUACCAAAGAGUCUCGCUGCCAGACUGCAUAUAUCUUCUGCACUAACUUCAUCAUCAGUGAAACAGAGGCCAAGUUUCUGCAGAAGAGAAUGAGCGAUGAUACUUUAAGGCCAUCAUCUCCCACAGAGAGUUGUCCCCCCAGAAACUGUAAGAGGCAGGGGACUCCCAACAGUCAGGAGGCCUGUUCUGAAGCCAGGUUGGAACGGCAUGAAAACAUCCACCAGGAGGAUAGCUCCCCCUUUUCUUUAAGGGCCAGCCCUGCGUUCUUCACCCCUCCCUACAGCCCUGCGUCCUCCAGCUCUACUGUGCAGCAGGAGGACCUGAACCCCAUCCUCCACGUGCACACAUACGCCGAUCAGCUGCUGUCCUCCCCGGAGGCUUCUCCUUCCUACUACUCCUACCCGGAAGCUGCGCUCACCUGCCACCUCUCACCUCAGCGUCCCCUCCCCUCACAGAACACCUUUGAUCAGGGAGUCUUCAUCACUUUCAAUUCUCUCUCUCCAGCCUCCCCUUCAUCUUCAACCUAUGAUUUCCCAUCUUGCUCAUCCGGUGCCAGAUUAGUUCCAGACGGCUUGGCAACGUCUGAAAUGAGUGAGAGCUCUGGGGAUUGUGCCUUGCAUCAAGAUGACUUUGGCCUCCUAUUGGAGCACCCACAAGAGGGCAGCGUCCACCAAGUGCACCGUGUUCCCCAGUAUAUAUUACCAUCCAGUCUUCCCAGCCCUGGCCAAUCCCCUCUAUCCAUGAGGUCUGAGGAGUACAGCCAGAUGGAGCAAGCGGAGAUCAGCAUUCUGGCUCAGCAGAUCUCCUCGUUGGCUUCCACUUUUGACAUGUUUGGUCCGCUCAAUCUGCUGCAAAGCGUGGGCACCUCUGACUGCCUGCCCUCCUCUUCCUCCUCCUCCUCCUCCUCCUCCUCCUCUUCCUCCCCAUGUCAGUGGCUCAGCCAGGCUGCUGCUCCCUCUGCCCUACAUAGUAAACUGAUGAAUGAUGGCGAGUUAGGGAGCCUCUUUGAUGAUCUGGAUGUAGUCAGAAAAAGAGGCGCCCAUAUUCCCGAUUUCACCUGCCACCAGGAAACGGUGCGCACCUCCCAACACUUUGAUCCACUCGGUCUCAGCCCGAGCACCUCCGAGAACUCGCUGCCUCCAAACAGUGUCAUCUUGGAUCCCUUCACUUUGCAGUUGGGGUGUCAUGACCACAACUCUGAGUUGCAUCAACUCAACCACCAAUGUAACCUGCAGCAAGACGGACUUGCCGAGGAAAACCUGUACUGAAAUAAGUCUGUGACUUAUGACGCUGCCCUUUGUAUGACAUAUUGUCAGGAAAAUUGUCCUUUGGCGUAUUCAAAAAAUAGUACAACAAAGAUAUUUCAAGGACAUAAUUUUCCCUCAAUGUGUAUCUCUGAAUGUCAAGUAUCUCUAGAGUUGAGAUUUGUCUUAUUUUCUGCAAAAAUGCCUUUCUCUUUAGUUUCAACUGAAACCUUUUUUUUCCCCUAUGAAAAAGGGUACUUAAAAAGUCUAACUACCAUAGGAAAAAAACAUUAAAAUGGAAAUAUUCUCCUAUUAAGUGGCCACACUUCACUGUUGAGCACUUUAUCAAUGUCCCUGCCACAAGAGUAUUAGAAAGGAAUCAAAUCGUUCAUUUCAAUGGAUUAUUUUUAUAUUGAACCUUUUAACAGAGGCCCUCUAUUUUCAUUAUGUUCGUGUGAAACUGGGAGAUAAUAAAUGUUUUUUUCUCGCUGUGAUAAAAUAAUGAUGGUUUCCACAAGCUACCUCGGCGGUACAUUCCAAUUCUGAAUUUUAAAAAGUGCUUUGUAUUUAUUUUGUUGAAUUUACCAUUUCUUAACUGUGUAAAGUUAUUUUUCUAUUACUACAUUCCAAAGCAUGAUGUGAACAUAUCUGAAAUGGUACUAUGAAUGAAUGACCUCUAUCUUGUAAUUGCUUCAUUUUUUUUAUACAUUUAAAAUAGAAAUAAAAACAAAAAACAUUUUUAUUGUU